AUGGAGACGCGUAGUAAGAAGAAACGUAUAGGGCCGCUACCCGGGGGCGAUCGCCGGGGCACACCUGGAGCUGGCGCUGGGUGUGACAGCAUGCGGACCGUCAGCGGUGAGGAGUUGAGCAGGCGGGCUUCUCCCGAUAAAUUCCACACUACAGCCGGUCGUCGUGAGUUGAACAGGCGGGCUCACGGCGUUAAUGCUACAGCCGCUACCGAUGAUGAAACUAACAGACUGACAGACAGAACAAGUAGCCCAAUAGAGCCUUAUUAUAGUCCUAGCACUUCAUCAUACACACCCUCCGUCCAGUCAUCACCUUCCACUAUUAGCUUAAAUACAGAAUCACACUUACCAGCUUUGAAUGUUGCGCGGGAGGCGAAUGCCUUUUUGCCCGCGUCCACCAAGGCUGGAAAACCGAGAGUUCGCAUGAGAUGGAGCAAAGAGGUAAACUCAUUUAUCAUGCGAACAUAUUACUAUAUUACCAAUUUAGAGACUGACAUGACCACAUAUAGACAGAAGAUGCAUGAACUUUUUACACAAGAAUACCCAGGGAUUACGGUUACAGAACAGCGAAUUUCCGAUCAGAGAAGAACUAUAGUAAAAAACAAACUACUAACCGAAGACGAAUUGAACCGAUUAAAAGAAGAAGCACGUAUACAGCUACAACAACACGACGUUACUACACCAUUACCCCGAAAUCCGUCUCAUUCAGAAUUUUACUCUCAAACAGAAUCUUUUACAAUACCAAACACACAAAACACACACACAUCAGAUAUGUCAACACAAACUGAAUCUGUAACGAUAAUAUUAGAAAACGAAGUUAAUACUUUAAACGCACAAAAUCCGAUUACUGAAACGUACAUACAAGAAAUAUAUGAUAAAUUUAGUACAACUUUAUUGCAAUACUCAGGAACGGAUCCACUAAUACGUCCUCGACUUCAUAAAAUAAAAUAUAGCCCACAACUCUACAAUUUAAUUCAAAUAUUUAACCAAAACAUAUUAAAUAGAUUUAUUUCAGAAGAUACACAGCUAAUAGACAUACAUACCCUCAUAUACUGUACAGCAUUAGUAAUAACAGAAGAAGUAAAUCCUAAACAAAUAGAAAAUAUGCAACGCACAAAAACUAAGCAAACUAAUAAACCACCGUGGCAACAAAGACUCGAAAAAGAUAUCGAAAAACUCAGAGCGGACUGCGGUAGACUAACUCAGUAUAUUUACAAUAAUAAUAGAUCAAAUAAAGUAGUAAAAAGAGUAGAAGAAAUAUUCCAAAAUUGUAUUAUACACACUAAACAUGACAAAAAUAAUAGAAAGCCAGAAGAAUAUUUGGACACGUUAAAACAAAAACUCGCUCUUAAAGUUAAUAGACUCCGAAGAUACAAAAAAGCACAACAGCGAAGAAAUGAUAACACCAUCUUUACAACGAAUGAAAAACUCUUCUAUAGAAAUUUACAAAAACCACAUACUCCCACUAACACAGUAACUGACAGGAACACAGACGUACCUACUAAACAAGAUCUAGAAGUAUUUUGGUCUGGUAUAUGGGAAGAACAGGUAAGCCAUAAUUCAAAAGCAUUAUGGAUAAAUGACGAAAAAAUAGAAUUUAGUAUAAUAAAAGAGAUGGAAUUUGUAGAGGUAACCGAAACAGAUAUAAAAAACAUAACAGCAAAAUUACACAACUGGAAAUCACCAGGCAUUGACAAGAUACACAACUUCUGGUAUAAAAAAUUAACAUCAUUACAUAAAUGCAUAGCGAAAAAUCUAACACAUAUCGUAUUAGGACAACAGAAAAUACCCGAAUUCAUGACAAUAGGAAUAACUUACAUGCUACCAAAAACCAAACACUCACCACAACCUUCCCAAUACAGACCAAUCACAUGCCUACCUACAAUAUACAAAAUCUUAACAUCAGCCAUUACAAACAAAAUUAACACACACAUAGAACAACACAAUAUAAUAGCAGAAGAACAAAAGGGGUGCAGGCGGGCCCAUAUGGGAUGCAAGGAACAAUUAGUUAUUGAUUCCACAAUUCACAAACAUGCUGCCACAAAAAAUAGAAAUCUCCAUUGCACUUAUAUAGAUUAUCAGAAAGCUUUUGAUAGUAUUCCACACUCUUGGUUAAUUCAAAUAUUAGAAAUAUAUAAGAUAAACCCAAAAAUAAUAGACUUCUUGCGUAAAAUAAUGUCAUACUGGAAAACAACACUACACCUUAACUAUGGCCAAAAUACUAUCGUUACACGACAGAUACAGAUUAAGAAAGGGAUCUAUCAAGGUGAUUCCUUGAGUCCCCUAUGGUUCUGCCUCGCCCUUAACCCCUUAUCGCAUCUAUUACACCGUUGUCGAGUAGGAUAUCCUCUUAAAAGUAUAGAGGAAACCAUUAUAUCACAUCUGAUUUAUAUGGACGACAUAAAAUUAUAUGCAAAGAGCGAUAAAGACAUGAAAAAACUAAUAGAAGUAACAAAAGAGUUUAGCACCGAUAUCAACAUGCAAUUUGGAUUAGAUAAUGAUAUACAUAAAGCAAUAGUUGUAAAUGACAUUAACUACACCCCAUUAAAUUUAAAUGAGCAAGGAUAUCAUAUGAAUGACUGUAUUGAUGAUCCUCAAAAGCAAAAACUAGAAAACUGGAAAAAGAAGGUACUACACGGACGCCACCCACAUGACUUAGAACAGCCCCACAUUAAUACAAUAGCAUCAAACAAAUGGCUCAAAAUAGGAAACCUUUUCCCAGAAACCGAAGGUUUCAUUAUAGCAAUCCAAGACCAAAUCAUUAACACAAAAAACUACAGAAAAUAUAUUAUCAAAGAUCCCACUAUCACAAAUGAUAAAUGCCGUAAAUGUCAUAUCCAACCAGAGACCAUACAACACAUAACAGGAGCAUGCAUAACCCUUACACAGACGGACUACACUCAUAGACAUAACCAAGUAAGCAAUAUCGUUCAUCAAAAACUAGCACUCAAACACAAACUUAUACAAAACACAAAAACGCCAUAUUACAAAUACACACCACAAACAAUCUUAGAAAAUGCCACACACAAAAUGUAUUACGAUCGAGGCAUUCUUACCGAUAAGACCAUUCACUAUAACAGACCAGAUAUAACUCUACAAGACAAAAUAAAUAAAGUCACUUACCUUAUAGACAUAGCAGUACCCAAUACGCACAAUCUACAGAAAACUAUCGCUGAAAAAAUAAAUAAAUAUAAUGAGCUCAAGGAAGAAGUUACAAGAAUCUGGAAACAAGAAAAAGUGUACAUCAUCCCUAUAGUUAUCUCCACAACUGGUGUCGUCCCAAACCAUCUCCUCCAUAGUCUAAAAUUAUUAGAUCUAAAUGAGUCCCUUUAUAUCCCAAUACAGAAGGCUGCUAUCUUGAACACAUGUAGAAUAGUAAGAAAGUUCAUGCAAUUAGAAGAGACUGACAUAACAUAA